UUCUCUACGCGCCAUCUAGUUCUACUUUCGUUUUUGCAGGGGUUAUAUUUCACGUAGACAUACAAAGAAAAAUGUCACCGAAAACUUGAUGUAACAGAAAGCAAGAAUGAAGUGCUCCAAUAGCACUUGCGGUGCUGAAGGUCCAGGCAAAUUUUGCCAGGAAUGUGGGUCAAAGAUGGUGGAGGAAAUAAAAACUGAUCUGGUAGUCAUCUGUAAUGGGAAACUAGAUGAUGGGUCACCUUGUCAGUCAGAGUUGGUGUUUGGGCAGAAAUUUUGCAUGAGCUGUGGAACCAGAGUUGACCAAACACUAUUUACCAUUUUACAAGAAAAAUGCUGUAAAUGUAACACACCCCUUCUUCCAGGGAAACUGUUUUGUGCAGAGUGUGGUCAGAGACAGAGUAAACAAAGUCAGGCCUCGGUUGUAGAGAAAGAGUUAGAUGUUAUAGAAAGAAGUAGAAGGGAACCUACUGCUGGAGAAUCAAGCAGCAUGGAAACAGAUGUAAUCAUAGACAAAAAGUCUGAGGAGGUCGAAGGGACUGACUCUGCGACAAUUAAUAAAGUUACUUGUGGAACUGGAUCUGCUUGUGAAGCAAUGACAUCAUCUGAACAGAAUCAAGGGGAACCUUUUAAUUUGGACCAGAAAUCAAUUCAGACUAAUGCAUCAGAUAAAAGGCCACUUGUUCAAACUGAAGGAGGUGAUAAGCCAGUUAAUCAAGAUAAUACAAGUACCAUAUCUGAAGAGAAAAUGAAGGAAUCAAUCGAAACACAGACUACAGAAAGUGAAACUAUUUACAUCAGUUCAGACAGUGAUAUAGAAAUGAUUGAUGUCUCUAUUGAUGAAGAAGCUAAAGUAGAUGAUGAUAAAAGUGUGAAAAAUCAGGGUGGCAACUUAAUAAUAAUACCUUCGAAUCCUAACAAGGAGCUCUCAGCAAAGUUUGAACAAGUUAAACUUGAAAGUACUCAGAAAGGAAAUAUAAAUAUAAUUGAUGACUCUGCAAAGAAAGCUGUUGAGAGUGAAGGAUCAGGCACGUCAGAAUCUGAAGGUGACUCUCAGUCUCAAAAUGAAGAAGAUUUAUUGAGUUCUUUGAGUACUAGUGACACACAAGAAAUGGGCAGUGGUCAAACAAAACGUAUCAAGAAACAGAAAAAGAACAAGAAGAAAAUGAGGAAGGAGAGAGAAACAAAGCAUGAGCAAACAGAGACAGAAACUGAAAACACUGCUAGUACCGCCAGUAAAGAGAAAAAUAACAUUGAAAAAAUUGUUGAUGAAGAAAAGGUUACAUCAGAAAAAGGUCAUAUUGUAAGUAAAACAGAUACUAAAAGUUCUGGGUCAGGAUCUCUAGAAAGUCAGUUUGUGUUUGGAGGAGGCUCACGAUGGGGCAUCAAUGAAAAGUCAGAUGCUGUAGAAAAUCCUGCUGCUGUUGGAGAUAGUUUAUUCAAAUUAGAUAAAAGAGAUAGAACUGCCUCUCCCUCAGGAAGAAAAGAACAGAGCCAGUCUGACAGUAAAGAUCAGAAUAGGCCAGAAACUGAAAAUGAGAAAAACAUUAAAGACAGUGGGAAGAACAAUGCAGAUGUUAAAGAUGAGAAAGAACUUGCAGAAGAUGAUGAUGUUGAAAUGGAAGAAGACAAGAACAGCAAUGAUGAAGAAAGUAAUUUAAACAAAAGAGAAGGAGUGCUUACACGGAGACAAAAGAAAAACCUGAAAAAGAAAGAAGAAAAAGAAAAGGAAGCAAAUGAGAAGAGCAAGAAAGACAAUGAUAAUGCAGAAAGAAGUAAGAAGACAAAACAAUCAGGAUCUACACCAGGAACCAAUGGAAGUGGAGGUCGAUCAGAAAAAUAUACACAUGUAUUUUUUCAUGUACUCAUAAAUGAGGAUUUUAAAUUCAACUCUGAGAAGCAUAGGCUUAUCUUGGCUAUGGAAGAUCAGCAUGAGAAAUGGGAGAACAUGUCAAGAGUUUGCAAAAUCAAGAAGUAAGUUAAUUUGAUUAUA